AUGAUAGAUAUGGGCUACAAUGUCAGUAUGAUGGCAGAUUCAACAUCGCGAUGGGCAGAAGCACUGCGAGAAAUAUCAGGUCGACUGGCAGAGAUGCCCGCGGACAGUGGAUAUCCUGCUUAUCUGGCAGCACGUCUGGCCUCAUUCUAUGAACGCGCUGGUAAAGUAAAAUGCCUUGGUGGGCCAGAACGUACUGGUAGUGUGACAAUUGUUGGUGCUGUUUCGCCUCCAGGAGGAGACUUUUCUGAUCCUGUUACAUCUGCCACCCUUAGCAUUGUCCAGCCCUGUGCUCAUCUUGCAGGUUUUUUGGGGUCUGGACAAGAAACUGGCCCAGAGAAAGCACUUCCCUUCUGUAAAUUGGCUGAUUUCAUAUUCCAAGCAUUGGAAUCCUUUUAUGAGCAAUUUGAUCCAGACUUCAUUGACAUCCGGACAAAAGCUCGUGAAGUGCUGCAGAGAGAAGAUGACCUGAACGAAAUUGUUCAAUUUCUCUUGGAGAGUUCAUGA